AUGAUGAACGGGCUUCUCAACUCCGGGCCAGCACAAAUGCCGACGUUCCAGAACCAUUAUUCCACCGGUGGACAUUUUAGUCCGAUGUACUCUCAGCAAAGACCCUCCUUUGCCAUCCAGGAAAUCCUUGGACUAAACCCUUCUUGUCGCCAAAAUUCGAGUCCGGAUCUUGUGGACCAUACAUCUAUGGGUCCAUCUGGACUUGCAGGAAUGUACUUUUCUAGUCUUAAUUCCUCGACGUCAAUGCCGACGGACAACUCGACGGCGCAAUUUUUCAGGGAACAACAGCAGCCGGCGACGUCCACGUUUUGUCCUUGGCGGUUUGAUCUUUCUCAGGGUCCCCCACCUCCUAACAUAACAUCAUCUCGGUUUUCGGGGGUUUCUCGGGUGAACGAUGACUUUCCAUUCAAGCAAAACCAACAAGAAGAAGUAUCCCGUCAGGCAUGCGUACAACAGGAGAAAGCACAAGAAGUCAGCAUGUGUGGCAAAAAACAAAAGAAACGUCGGAGGCACAGGACAAUAUUCACCAGCUAUCAACUGGAGGAGCUCGAGAAAGCAUUCAAAGACGCUCACUACCCCGACCUGUACGCUCGAGAGUUACUUGCACUCAAGAUAGAUCUACCUGAGGAUAGAAUACAGGUAUGGUUUCAAAAUCGACGGGCUAAGUGGCGCAAAACGGAGAAGACGUGGGGCAAAAGCAGCAUCAUGGCGGAGUACGGGCUGUACGGAGCUAUGGUCCGACAUGCACUUCCGCUUCCGGAAUCCAUUGUUGAUUCAGCAGAGGACGGGAUUGAUAAAUCGUGUGCCCCUUGGCUUCUUGGCAUGCACAAGAAGUCUCUGGAAGCUGCCCAGAAGAUGAAGGAAGCGGAAGACGACACAACGAUGGACAGCAGUGACGGAAAACCAAAGGACAAGGAUGAACUCAAGUCUGAAAGUAUAGCAGCUCUGCGGGCGAAGGCGCAAGAACAUAGUGCUAGAAUGCUUCAAGCCAUCAAUAAGGAUGGAACGCCAAAAACGGACAAAAAAAAUGCCACAAACGAAAAUAAAAAUAAUUUUCAAAAUAACGUGUCGAACUCAAAUGACCUUACACGACCGAGUCAGUGACUUGUGCACAAGAGUGAUGACUACUUAACAACUUGUGCACAUUAAUGUUGACGAAUCGGUGCACUCAAAGUGGUGACGUAAGCAGUGCUUGCGGUGAUCUCUCGUAUAUCCGCCCAGACUCAUUUUUACGAACUAUGCUAACUAGCAAUUUUAGCAAGGUCGAAUGAGGCUCAGUUGUUGUGUGAAUGAGAAAAUGUUGUGUUGUUUAUUGAUUGUAAUCUUAUUAUAGACGUAUGUUGUGUGUUAAAGAUGAACCUAUCAAGAUAAGUGAAAUGAUAAAAAAUUGCUCAAUCUUGUCAUUUCACAAGAUGUUAUCUGUACCAUUCAAUUUCAUAGGCAUGUGCCAUUAAGAAUGUUAUACCACAUGAUGUUGGGGCUGUUUCAACAUUAUUUCCCUGCCAUCAUGUAAUGUUUGAAGACAAAUAUGCAUGCGUCUCUGAGUAGGUUUGACAAAGUAGACAGUUUCAGUCAUAUUUCAGAAGGAUCACUCCUGCAGAUACCAAUCAUGGCAAAUAUUGGUAAUUGAACCCUGACCUCCGGCGUUACAAGCAAACAGUAUAAACAGUGGCUACCCUAGAGGUCAGAUGGCCCCAGAAAGUUACGGAACUUGUACGUCAUAUCAAAGUAAAGGGUGAUAAUUAUUCCAAAACAUAUUUAUGUACACCCACUAUGGCCCUAUGAUGAUAUAUUUAUUACGUGAAUGAUUCACAGUGUGUCAAGUAACAGAUCUGGUAUAGUUUAGCGAUGUGUACAUGCAAUGUGUUCAUGCUUUACGAUCUAUUCCCUUUCUUGAGCAAGUGGGUUGUAUUUUACGUCGCAUAUAGCAAUAUGACAGCAAUAUCAGGACACCAUAAUGGGAGUCAGACAUUGUACCCGUGUUUGAAAUAAACCAGAGUCUCUUGCGUGACCAGUGAAUCCUUAAACCGUUUGCCUACACAACCCUUCCGUGUGGUCUUAUUAAGUAACUGAAUUACUUAAAGACUUUCCACUUUACCAGGACUGGUUUAGUCACCAAAAGAACCAUAAAUUUCAAGUUAAAUGAUAAAUAAAUAUCUACAUCAAACUUAGACAUACACCUGCCUGUAAGCACGUAUCAACUUCGACGUAUAGAAACAAGUAUUAAACAAGUAUGUUGUGUAUGUGACCUUGAUGUCAUCGCAUGUACAUGAGGUUUGUAGAACCAUUAUAGUUCCGGCUAUGCAUCAUUGUGCGUCUCUACAUGCCAAUGUUGAUGAGAAUCGAUACUCUUGUCAAGCAAUCAAGCUUUAAGUUAGCAUUUGUCUUUGCUCAUGAAAUAGUUCUUUACUAGACUGUGAGCACUGGUGAGAGUAAGCACUCAGCUAACGUUCCUCAACACGUACGUGUAUUCUAUCACUGUUUUGUACUUCUUGGUGUAGCAAAUAUCUGCACUGAAUCUCGUGGUUGAUAGUUGAGGCUGUCAUACUGUGUAAUGUUGGUGCUAUGUAACAUGUAUAUCAGAAAGUAAA